AUGGCACCGACCGAAGCCUCCAUCCUCGAAAACUACCUCCUGCUCCCCGCACGCCUCCCCUCCAUCAUAUCCCUCCAAGAGUUCACCGCCCUGUUCCCCAAGACGCAACAGUCCUCGCCCCACAUCCGCUCGCUGUACCGCGACCUGCAGCAGCAGCGCAACGCCGCUGUCGACGAGGUCGCCGACAACAUCGACGCCGAGGCGCGCGGGGUCAGCAGGUCGCUGCGCCGGGAGCUCGUGCGUGCACGGCUCGAAGCCGAGCACGAGGAGCGGGACGAUGAGAUUGAGAUUGAGCGUGCGCUCUUCGGCCCCACGUCAAACCUCGUCUCCGCGAAACCGCAUCACCUCAUGACAAUCUUGCCCGAGAUGGAGGCCGCCGUGGCCGACAUGGAAGCCGAGAUCAAGAAGCUCGAGGAGGACGAAGCCGCGCUGCUCAAGAGCGUCAAGCAGACCGUGGGCAGCCUCAGCGAUCUCCGGUACGGCAGGCUGGGCAACACGAAGCUCCGCACAGAGAGCCUCGAAGCGCUACGAACAAUGCAGGAUGUCUGCACCCGCGGAACUUGA